UUUUUCGGUAUUUGAACCACUUUCACUAGACACUUACUUUGACAAAACACGGUAGUCGCUGUAGGGCGCAUGUGUACAUCCAACUACAGGAAGCUAUUGUGUAUCACGCAGUGUUUUACUUCCGACGCACAUUUUACCGAACCUGUUGUUGAAAAUAAAGCCUUGUCUUUAUGUUCAUUAUGUUUAAGUACUUGCGUAGGUUAUUUUAAGAUUUUUUUCUAAUUCAUUUAAAUGUACCCAGCUAUACGUGCACAUAGCGUGAUCGAAUACAGUUUAGAUGUCGCUGUUUAAAGUCAUAAUAUCAUGAUUGCAGGGUAUCGCAGCCCUUCUUGAUCGCUUUGUCGUUGAGGGUAAGAUAACUGCACCAUGGACGUCAGCAUGUCGGUGUCGCUGCUGAGGGACCAGCUGGGCGUUGUGAUCGAGCAGGCGGUGACCGCCGCGGUGGAGACGGUGCUGGGCGAGAUGGCGAAGGUGGUGAGCAGCAAGUUCGAGGAAUUCAGGAAGGAGAUGUCGGCCAAAGAAAAGGAGAACGAGAACAUCAAGCAGAUGCUUGAAAUAUCCCGCUGUCAGAUGAAGAUGAUGCGGAAAUAUCUGAGCGCCGUGGCCCCCAAGGACGAGCGCCAGGUGCCCGGGGCUGCGGCUAAAAGCGGCCAGCAGUCCGAGCCGCCCGAUCACGGUGCGCCAGUAGUGGAUACGCGGUCCUUCCCGCAUCCAAAGCGGGCGUCGCUGACGGACGACGGAAUUUCUAGUGUCAAUGAGAAACGGCAAAACGCUAUACCCAAACCCGGAAACAUCUGCGUGUCUGAAGGUUUGCUCAGAACAAUAACGUGGGACAAAGUUCCCACGAAGUUAACGAACGGCCAGGAAUGUGCUUUAAUAAACGCAGGGAAGGACUCGCUUAGUGUCAAUGGUCAAGGCGUCCUAAGAGUGGAUUUGCCAGGACAUGCGUCUCACGUUAAAGUGGAGUAUAGGGACUCUGAGGUGGAUGAUGGGUGCCAGCAGAGUCAGGAUGGCCCCCCCAAGGGCACAAGGCCACCACCACUUUCACAGACCACAUGUGCAGCCGCCCUAGAGCCGAUUCCCUCCUCCCUCCAUAAGAUGGAAGCCCAUGCAGUGGCUGACACCCCCUCCCCAAAGGUUUGGUGCACCCCCUUUCAGGCCAAGGAAGAGGAGGCGGUGGGGGACAUCGAGAUCGUGUGUAUCAAGGAGGAGCCUGAAGAUCAGCAGGCCUGUUCCCUGGAGGCCCUGAGGGUGAACGCUGGCACUCAGGGCCGCGAGCAGCAGCAAGGGUGGCAGGAGAGGUCCGAUGCCCCGAACGCCUUGCGCGCUGAGGGGGUGGCAGCGGCGUACACUGCGGUGACCGGUGGCACAUGUCCUGGAGCUCCGUGUCUAACAAGGCGGUCUCUGCCCCCAGGUCCUGGAGCUCCGUGUCUAACAAGGCGGUCUCUGCCCCCAGGUCCUGGAGCUCCGUGUCUAACAGAGCGGCCUCUGGCCCCAGGUCCUGGGGCUCCGUGUCUAACAAGGCGGUCUCUGCCCCCAGGUCCUGGGGCUCCAUGUCUAACAGAGCGACCUCUGGCCCCAGGUCCUGGGGCCCCGCGUCCCGCCCGUCGUCGGCAGUGGCUGAAAGAGCCAAACCUCUGCGAGGACUACAAGCACCGGCGAGCGGAGCUGAAGCGCCGCAGCCAGCACCGGCGCCGUGAGCUGGAGAAGAACCUGCCGCAGCCACUGCUGGCUGCGUUGGUCAGGGAGCGUCGGGAGAAGACGCGGCUGCGUGUGGCACGCUGGCGGGCCAAACGCAAGCUGCAGGCGGGUCUAAUGGCCCCAGGGACCCCGCAGUUCGGCGGGGCUGCACCCCUACCCCCACCCACCAUCCACAUCCCUCAUCCCACUGACUCGCUCCUUGGCCGGCGGCAGCCAGUCGCAGCCCCUCAGUACAGAAGCCUCCUGUUCAGCGGCGGUUGCCAUGGUGAUGGUGGCACGCGGUACCCCACCUUACCGUUUGGCUCCCACCCAUUGUUGCCAGGACUCGGGUGCUCUUCGACCACUGCAGUCGCACAGCCUGGGUUGACGUCAUCCGUGCAGCAAGGGAUGAUGGGAACAGAUUCCGAGGUGUAUCCAAGCAGCUUGUCCUGAUAGCCUGUAUGCUCACAUGGAAGCAUGUCAAG